GCGCCCCUGCUCGCUGCGCUGCCCGCACCCCCGUGGAGCGCCCGGCAGCCGCCGGAGCGCGGGAGGCACACCCCGCCGGGCUCGGGCCGAGGCGGCGCGACCGCAGGUCCGACAGCCGAGGGCGCCGCGGAGGCCGGAGCGGAGGCGAAGUCCAGCCCUGAGUGAGCCCAGCUUCUGCGGAUCAGUUGCAGGGGGCACUGCCCACCAUCCCUUGCGGGACUCGAGGAAUCGAACCGGCAGCCUUGUGGUUGAGAGCCCACUGGCCCAUGUGGGAAUUGAACCGGCAGCCUUUGGAGUUAGGAGCAUGGAGCUCUAACCGCCUGAGCCACCGGGCCGACCCCCAAGCUUCAGUGUUAACAGUCACAAGCCCGCCCAUGCUGCAGAGAAACUGGCUGUUACUCCCACUUCUGGAUGUCACAUUUCCUGUUUGUGUGCCUGGACUGAGUGAGGGAGACCUGGUGGUGAAGGGCAACGGGAGGACAGAGGCCUUCUUACAGGAGUUGGACCACAGCACCUUCCCUUCCUCCCAGCCCUGCCUCCUUCUGCAGAACGAAGCUCAAUAGAACUUUGUUGUUUUGCUUUUUACGCUGAGGGGAGAGAAGCAGACGAUGAGCUGAAAAGCCCGCACUGACCACGACGAGGGAUGAACAAAGUGUAGUGAGUGAGGAAAACGCGUACCAGGCACCCAGAAAGUACCUGGGAAUGGCAGAGGAGCCACAGACCCGCGUGAUUAGGCCACGGGAGAACCCUCAUGUUUACUGAGAACAGAGUGGUGAAAAGGGCGGCACGGGAGGCUGACACCUAGACCCGAAUCCUGGCUCCACCAUUUAUGCUGUGUGACAUCAGGAGAAAAUAAUGAAUGUCAAAGGAAAAGUGAUUCUGUCAAUGCUGGUUGUGUCAACUGUAGUUGUUGUGUUUUGGGAAUAUAUCAACAGCCCAGAAGGCUCGUUCCUGUGGAUAUAUCACUCAAAAAACUCAGAACUUGGUGACAACGGCAGUCAGAAAAACUGGUGGUUUCCAAGCUGGUUUAAGAAUGGGACCCACAACUACCUGGGGGAAGAAGAAGACAUAGACAGAGACAAGGAACAACGAAAGGAAGACAAUGAAGAGCUUCAGCUGUCCGACUGGUUUAAUCCACAGAAACGCCCAGAGGUCGUUACAGUGACCGGAUGGAAGGCGCCCGUUGUGUGGGAAGGCACUUACAACAGAGACAUCUUAGAAAAUUACUAUGGCAAACAGAAAAUCACCGUGGGUUUGACGGUUUUUGCUAUCGGAAAGUACAUUGAGCAUUACUUGGAGGAGUUCUUAAUAUCCGCCAACAAGCACUUCAUGGUUGGCCACAAGGUCAUAUUUUACAUCAUGGUGGAUGACAUGUCCAGGUUGCCUUUGGUAGAGCUGGGUCCUCUGCGUUCCUUCAAAGUGUUUGAGAUCCAGCCUGAGAAGAGGUGGCAGGACAUCAGCAUGAUGCGCAUGAAGACCAUUGGGGAGCACAUCGUGACCCACAUCCAGCACGAGGUCGACUUCCUCUUCUGCAUGGACGUGGACCAGGUCUUCCAGAACACCUUUGGGGUGGAGACGCUGGGCCAGUCGGUGGCGCAGUUACAGGCCUGGUGGUACAAGGCAGAGCCUGACAAGUUCACCUAUGAGAGGCGGAAGGAGUCCGCAGCAUACAUUCCGUUUGGCCAGGGGGAUUUUUAUUACCACGCGGCCAUUUUUGGAGGAACACCCAUCCAAGUUCUAAACAUCACCCAAGAGUGCUUCAAGGGAAUCCUCCAGGACAAGAAAAAUGACAUAGAAGCCGAGUGGCACGAUGAAAGCCACCUAAACAAGUAUUUCCUUCUCAACAAACCCACCAAAAUCUUAUCCCCAGAAUAUUGCUGGGAUUAUCAUAUAGGCCUGCCUUCAGAUAUUAAGACUGUCAAGUUAUCUUGGCAGACAAAAGAAUAUAAUUUGGUUAGAAAUAAUAUCUGACUUUAAAUUGUGCCAGUAGGUUUCUGAUUUGACAGAGAAUGAUUCUGGCUACUUUCUCAGAAAAGUAACACUUAAUUU